AUGAUGACGUUUUGGUUAUUGGUCCUCAUUACGGUGACCUUAAAUCCGAGAUGGCCCGAAGCCACUUCCGCAUCAAUGUUCCAGUUUCUGGAGGGCCGGAAUACCGAAAGCGAUCAGAACUGGUCCCACCUGCUGCCCACAAACUUCUACUCUGAAAUAAACCAGCAGUACUAUCGGAGAUUUCGACGCCAUACCAGGAUUGGAAAGGGAAGAUGGAAACAGCCGCCAUUACUUUUCGAAUAUGCCCGAUACAUUCGAGAAUAA